UAAAAACAUAAGGUUCUGCAAAUAAAAGUAUUGUGAGGUCGUUAAAUGCAAAUACCUCAUUUUAAAUAUUUAUCUUCUUGUUCAUUGAACAUCCUCAUUGUUUUUGACUGAUCAAUCGAACAGUAGCACCCUGACCACUUCCACCCCGAAGCUAAAUCCAUGCCGCGAAAACUCCACCUUCUGCUCCUCCUCCUCCUUCUCCUCUCCGCCGCCGGCGCCGCCCUUCUCUUCUUUUACAUGCACCUCAUCCCCUCCCUCCUCCGCCCCCUUUGGGACACCCCUCCCCGUCCCUUCAUCCGCCUCCCUCACUUCCACUCCCCCAACGCCUCGCUCCCCUUCCUCUGUCGCCUCCACGGCUUCUCCCCUCGCUCCUCCCCUCGCCGCGUUUUUGACGCAGUCAUCUUCAGCAAUGAACUAGACAUCCUCCACCUCCGCUACCGCACUCUCCUCCCCCUCAUCCACCGCUUCCUCCUCCUCGAAUCAAACUCCACCUUCACCGGCAUCCCAAAACCCCUUCUUUUCAAUAAAAACUGCUCCAUCUUCUCCUUCGCCUCCCACAAAAUCAUCUACCGUUCCUUCACCCCUCCUUCCUCCAAUCCUCCCCUCCCCCCCUUCGACUUUGAAUCCAAUCAACGCUCAGCCAUGAAUUCCCUCAUCUCUCUCUCCGGCAUCACAGAUGACGAUCUUCUCAUCAUGUCCGACGCCGACGAAAUCCCCAGCCCUGAAACCAUCGAACUUCUCCGAUGGUGCGAUGGCUUCCCCUCCAUUCUCCACUUAGAGCUCCGCCAUUACAUGUACUCUUUCGAGUUCCUGGUCGAUUUCAGCAGCUGGCGAGCGACGGCAAAUAUUUAUCGGAAAGGUGAGACCUUUUACCGGCACUCGAGGCGAAGUAAUUUUAUUCUAGCGGACGCGGGAUGGCAUUGCAGUUUUUGCUUCAGGAGGAUUAAAGAUUUUGUUUUUAAGAUGAAAGCUUACAGUCAUGCGGACAGAGUGAGGAAGACGAGCUUUUUGGAUGAAGGGAGGAUACAGAGGAUCAUUUGUGAAGGUGGGGACUUGUUUGAUAUGUUGCCGGAGGAGUAUAAUUUCAAGGAGCUUUUAAGUAAGAUUGGGCCGAUACCUAAAUCGCAGUCGGCGAUCAAUCUGCCGCCGUAUUUGAUUGAGAAUGCGGAGAGGUUUAGGUACUUGUUGCCAGGGGGCUGUGAAAGGUCGCCGGAGACGACGCUGGAGAUGCCGGAUUCAUCAUGUGGGUAAUUUUAUGGACGUUUAAUUAAGUGGAAUACAUAAAGAUUAUUAUUUUUUGAAUAGUUAUUCUGUCAAAGAAAGUUAGUAGCCACCUUUCAUAUGAUGUGCUGUAGUGAUAGAGAUUAGAGAUAUUUCCGUGAAAGUUACUAAUUGCAUGGUA